AUGCCUAACUUCCCAUGGACCAAGUCGAAUCGGUCGCACCAAUCUGUCGACAAUUCCUCGUCAGGGCAGCAUUCGCCCGUGCCAUCUGUGAACGAACAGGUUGCAGGCCAGCAGCGAUACCAUACAUCGGACGGCCAGCAAGCGCCUGUACAGGCUCAGCAGCCUUCUGUGCAACAACAGCAACAGCAACAGCAACAGCAACAACAACAGCAGAACUUGGCUGGACCUCGACCGCAAGCUCAAUAUAGCGAACAGCCUCCCCAGCGCACCACAAGUCACAGGCUGAGCGCCCAUCUCUCUCUGGGUCAGUCGUCGCCGUCGCAGAAUUACCAGCAACAACCCGGCCCUCCGCCAGCGUCUGGUCUUGAGUCGCCUCAUCGCGGCCCCUAUCAAGCUCAGCCUCCGCCCGCUGCAUACACGCCAGAGCCUAAGAAACAAUCGCUGCGCAGUCGCAUCGCAGCCGGAGUCAAAGGACACAAGGACCAGGAGGCCAAAGCACAAAAGAACGGCCUGGGCAGGCGCCAGUCAGUCCGGAAGAGCGAUCCCCGUGUCCAGGAGUACCAAGCGCAGGAAGAGAGUCGCCUGCAGCAGUGGCAUCAACACCAAGGGCCGACCUCUCAUCUGCCCGCCUCCAACGAGCAGGACGAGGACAAUCUCGAUCCAUUCCUGCAGAAAGACAGCGACGAGACGCCCCAGGUACCGCCCAAGGACGUCCAAUAUCAGCAGAACCGGCAGCAGCCUCAACAACAAUUUGUUCCCCAGCCGCAUCAGGAACAGUACAAUCGGCCCCCACUUGGCAGGGUAAGCACCGAGGGGAGCUAUUCGACCCAAGGCGGGGUAGAUCAAUACAGCCCCGAGCAACACCAAGGUCAGGGUCUGCAGCAACAACGGCACCAACAACAGCAAUACCAAACCUACCAGCCUGCCGUUCAAUCCCCACAACCCUCGAACGACUACCAGGCCUUUAGCCCACAGAACGUGCCAAGCCCUCUCCUCCAAAACGCUCAGCCGCAUGGUCAAGGUGGUCAGGUACCACAAGACAUCCAACAGACUUACCACCUAUACCAACAGCAGCAAGCAAGACAGCAGGCGCAAAGCCAGUCGUCGCUAGAAAACGCUCAGCAAAACUCUCUUUAUCCGCAGCAGCAGUUUGCGUCCCAGCUUCAGCCGCACCAAGAUUCACAACAACAGCCUCAAUCUGUGCGACCUGCCUCACAGCAGCAGACUGACUUGCAGCACCCGCAGACAGCUCGUCAGCAUCCUCAGAUUGCCCAAGAAGCCCAGAAGAUUGAGUCGCAACAACGCCGACCCCCCUCGUCCCACCAGCUGGCCCCACCAUCUCCCCUUCAGCCGUCGUCCUAUCAGACCUACGACGUCCAGCAUUCGCAAUCAUCCGAUCUCCUGCCGGCAAACAUAACACCCCCACAGCAAUCGCAGGAUAAUAUGGCACCUAGUGCUCAGAGCAAUGCGAGGAACACACUGAGAAAGGUGGUCGACGGCAGCCAACCGCAGCCAGGGGCACCGUCUCGAGAGUCAUCGCUACUCUCACAGCCUCCCGCUCAAGGUCAGCCACUCGGUCAGCCGCCUGUAUCGCCGGGCCUCGCAACAUUCGACGCUAACGUCGUGCCAACAGCUUCGCAAGGGCAGCCAUAUCGCGGUGAGAAGCAGAGCCAACAGGGUUCAGAAAUGGGACGGGCAACGCCUCCACCAGGGAAAUCUGUCACCGAUAUGUCGGAAGAGGAUGUCGAGAAGCUUCAGAAAGAGCAUGACGUCUUGCGCGAAAAGUACCAAAAGGUCAAGCGAUACUUCUUCGAGCAACAAUCACAGGUUCAUCAGCUACAAAACACCCUCGCAAACCAGCGCUUGUCGCUAUCUCGCACCUCUUGGGACGAUAGUGAAUAUGCAACGCGCUUCAAUCGAUUGGACGGAUUGAUAGCACAGCUGUCUUUUUCCAUCCGUAAGGAUUGGAAAACCAUACCCCAGUGGCUGCAUGUCGUGGUCAACAAAACAGCUGUCGAGACAGGCAAGCAGGAAAUGACGGCUGUUGGCCGUGCCUUCAUCUCGCAUUGGUUGGUGGAGAACAUAUUCGACAAGUACUUCCAUCCGGACCUCGAGCCUGGCUUUUCGACACAACUGCAGUCGAUCGUUUCGAAUAUCCGCAAGUUUGCGCCACCUUGCCACAGCACAGAGGAUGAAGACACACUUGCUGCGAAGAUCAUCAACUGGCGGCUAGCCACAUUGGAAGGUCUUGCUGACACGCUGAGGGCACCACAAGCUACGGCCAAUCGUGAGGCACUGACUGAGACACUCAAUGAAAAACUCAUUGCGUCUCUCCAGAUGCAUUUGAAUGACCCUGCGCCUGCAGACCUCAACGGAGGCGUGCCUAUGAUCAUCGAACUUGCCAUUAGCAUUGCUCAACAUUUACCCCUGGAGAGCCGCGAAGUACAUAUUGAAUACUUUCCUCCGGGUCACGGCAUCGUGGCCGACUUCAUGAAGCUGGAAUCCGGCAUCCCCGCAUUGACAGCUCCCAUUAUGGAGUUGGAUGACGCCGAUAGAGCUUCGAUCAGAAGCAUGGCAUCCAGACCUGACGACAAUAUGUCAAUCGUCGAUCAGGACCAAGCACAGCUACAAGGUAGCCAGCCACCAAAAGAAGACAAGAAGCGCAGUAUGUUUGGAUUUGGCGGAUCAAAGAAGCCUAUAGCUUCCCCUGCCACCCUGGGCAAGCGGGAAUCGUCGCUCGGCCAAGGAGGCAGCCAGCAAAGUCUUACUCAACAUCCGCCGGGUAGCUCUGGAGGACCAAAAGACGAGUCCCCACCACCACGUGUGCGCAUGGCCGUUGGUGUCGCAGUACAAAUUCGCGGAAAGAGCAUCUUGAUCAAGGCACCAGUGUACAGCACUUGA